AUGGAAGAGGAAGCGAUCGCGCUCUCGGCGCUCCAACAUUUCGUGUCGGCCAUGAAGAGCAAGCCGCUGGAAUCGGCAAGCGGGGGCCGCACGCUGUGUAAGUGUGUGUCGGUGCCGGAGCGGUUCUCGCUGGUCUUUUCCAAGGCCGAACGGCUGGUGGUGGACUACUUUGACGGCAUAAACCGCAACACAAAGCAAGGUGUCAUCUCAAUCGUCGAGCAGGUCGAUACGUCGACGUCGCCGCGAACGGAGACGGAGCCGACCAAGCCCGGCCCGCAGCCCCUCAGCCAUCAGGCCAAGGAUCGAUAUAUUCUCUUGCGGGGAGACUCGCUGAGCGUCGGGUUCUACAUGCAGCUCAAGAAGACCUUUGGCUUCAGUGCGGGUGAAUGCCACGAGUUCCUGGGCCACUUGCUGUACGACAUCAUGCAAGGCACGGGCAGGUCGGACUGCAAGCAGUUCAAGAGUAUGACCGGAAUGGACGCCACAUUCUUCAACCUGGCGGCAGACAGUCGGAUCAGCGAGCGAGACGACAACUUUUUGGUGGUGUGUCACAACGCGUUCUCGUUCGAGGCCGAGGCGUGGAGCAAGUCCCAGAAGCGACCCACGCAGCCCGUGUGUGCGAUGAGCGCCGGGUACAUUGCGGGUUGGUGUCAGGAAUCGUACGGCUUCGAGCUCGUGGCCAAAGAGAUAUUGUGUAAAGGAAAAGGCGAUGCGUGCUGCCAGUUCAUCAUAUGUCCGCCGCAUAAGCUGAAAGAACAUGUAAAGAGGUUCGGGGAUUUGGCCAGAGAGGAGCGGAUGGGAACGGUCGAACGCGACCGAACAGAGGAGAGCCAGGUGAGCCCCAAGUCCGUCAGCAACAAGGUCAACUUCCGCGACGACAUCCUAUCGCCACGGUACUCCCCCCGGGGGUCCUCCUUGAUUAUGCACGGAGGACUUGCUUGA